UCCGAGCCGCCUCCCCCAAUCCUCUUAUUCCCGCUCUCGCCUUAUCCCCUUCCGCUCCCCUCCUCUCCUCCCAUGGCUCUCCUCUCCUUCUCCUUCUCUCUCCGCGCCAUUACUUCCCACGGAGGAGCUUGUGCCGCCCUCUUCCGCGGCUGGAGGCCAAAUCCUAGCCGUCGGCGCAAGCCCCCCCUCCGCCGCGCCUCGCUCCCAUCCUCCAAGAAUGGAGUCUCCGCUGCCAUCACCUCCGCGGUUCCCCAUCCUCAGUCCUAUGUUUCUGAGUCCGGCAGCAAGGCCUCUGUCCUCACGUUCCAGCAGGCCAUUCAGCGACUCCAGGAAUACUGGGCUUCUGUGGGAUGUGCUGUAAUGCAGUGUAGCAAUACAGAGGUUGGAGCUGGGACUAUGAAUCCUCUGACAUUCUUAAGGGUAUUAGGUCCAGAACCAUGGAAUGUUGCGUAUGUGGAACCUAGCAUACGACCUGAUGACAGCCGUUACGGGGACAACCCUAAUAGACUCCAACGCCAUUCCCAAUUUCAGGUCAUUUUAAAGCCUGAUCGUGGAAAUUCGCAAGAUCUAUUCAUCUGUAGCCUUUCUGCAUUGGGAAUUGAUGUUUAUGAACAUGACAUCCGUUUCGUGGAGGACAAUUGGGAAAGUCCGGUUCUUGGAGCUUGGGGAUUGGGCUGGGAAGUAUGGAUGGAUGGGAUGGAAAUUACGCAGUUCACAUACUUUCAGCAGGCUGGGAGUCUUCAACUGAUGCCUAUUUCUGUGGAAAUUACUUAUGGUCUUGAACGGAUCCUCAUGUUACUUCAGGGGGUGGAUCAUUUCAAGAAAAUUCUGUACACCGAUGGAAUUACAUAUGGAGAGCUAUUUUUGGAGAAUGAGAAGGAGAUGAGUGCAUAUUAUUUGGAGCAUGCAAAUGUUAAUAAUAUCCAAAAGCACUUUGAAGAUUUUGAGGAAGAAGCUCACUCCUUGCUGUCACUUGGACUUCCAAUUCCUGCGUACGAUCAGCUUCUGAAGGCUUCUCAUGCUUUUAAUAUUUUAGAUUCCAGAGGCUUUAUUGGUGUGACCGAACGUGCUAGGUAUUUUGGUCGUAUGCGCAGUCUUGCUCGCCAAUGUGCUCAACUCUGGGUGAAGACGCGCGAGAAUCUUGGACAUCCCUUGGGCUUCUCUUCUGAAGGCAAUCAUCUCAUUUAUCAGAAAGUUCUCGAGACAGACUUGAGAAAGGUGACAAUGGAACCUAGAACAUUUGUUAUUGAGAUUGGAACAGAAGAGAUGCCACCUCAUGAUGUCAUUGAAGCAAGUGAGCAGCUUAGAAAUUUAGUAAUGCAGUCCCUGAAAAAUCAAAGAUUAAACCAUGGGCAAGUGUUAGCAUAUGGCACACCGCGUCGACUAGUGAUUUGCGUCGAGAAUCUCAGUUCUAAGCAAGCAGAGAAUGAGGUUGAAAUACGGGGUCCUCCUGCAGCGAAAGCAUUUGACCAAGAAGGAAAUCCUACUAAGGCUGCUGAAGGUUUCUGCCACAAGAACUGUGUAUCUAUUGACAGUCUAUACAACAAAGUUGAAGGUAAGACGGAAUAUGUUUAUGUUCGAGUGAAGAAAUCUGCACGAUCUGCUCUACAGGUGUUAGCUGAAGAUCUUCCGAGCAUUAUAACUAAAAUUUCAUUUCCAAAGUCAAUGCGCUGGAACUCCCAGGUCGUGUUUAGUCGACCAAUUCGCUGGAUAUUGGCUCUGUAUGGAGACGUAGUUGUGCCAUUUACGUUUGCUGGAGUUUCAAGCGGGAAGCAAUCUUGUGGCCUCCGCAAUUCACCAUCAGCAAUACUCGAGGUAGAAACUGCUGAGUCUUACCUGGAUAAAAUGAAAAAUGGUGGAAUUCUGAUUGACAUCAAGGAGCGCAAAGAAAAAAUUUUACAUGACUCUACUUCAUUGGCUACAAGUGUUGGUGGUCAUCUUAUUAUGCAGGACAAUUUACUUGAGGAGGUUGUAAAUCUUGUUGAGGCACCUGUUCCAAUACUUGGUGGUUUUGAUGAAUCCUUCUUAGAGCUUCCCAAAGAUAUAUUAAUUACGGUUAUGCAAAAACACCAGAAAUAUUUUCCCUUAACAAACAUAUCCACCGGAAGGCUGCUGCCAUUCUUUGUCACCGUUGCAAAUGGCGUAAUUAGCGAAGCAGCAGUCCAGAAGGGGAAUGAAGCUGUACUGAGGGCCCGAUAUGAAGAUGCAAAAUUUUUCUAUAAAAUGGACACCCAAAAGAAAUUUUCUGAAUUUAGAGUCCAUCUUAACGGGAUUCUCUUUCAUGAAAAGCUUGGAACAAUGCUGGAUAAGAUGUCUCGUGUCCAACAGAUUGUUGGUAAAUUAUCCCUUGCUCUUGGCAUUGAUGAAAGUAAUCUCCCAGUCAUUGAAGAUGCUGCAGCUUUGGCCAUGUCAGAUCUUGCUACAUCUAUUGUCACAGAGUUUACUUCCCUAUCUGGAAUAAUGGCACGCCACUAUGCUUUAAGGGAUGGUUAUUCAGAGCAGAUUGCAGAUGCCCUAUUUGAGAUCACACUCCCAAGGUUUUCUGGAGAUGUUCUUCCAAAAUCUGAUGCUGGAAUAGUUUUGGCCAUAGCUGAUCGGCUGGAUAGUCUUGUCGGUUUAUUUGGUGCAGGCUGUCAACCAAGUUCCACAAAUGAUCCUUUUGGUCUGAGAAGAAUCUCCUAUGGCCUUGUCCAGAUACUAGUGGAAAAUAAAAAGAACUUGGACCUAAGAAAUGCUUUGAGUCUAGUGGCAGAUGUGCAACCUAUAAAGAUUGAUACCAAUAUUACAAAUGAUGCACUACAAUUUGUCACACGGAGAUUAGAACAACUUUUGGUGGAUAAGGGCAUAAGUGCUGAAAUAGUCCGUUCGAUACUUUCAGAACGUGCAAAUUGGCCUUGUCUGGCAGCACAAUCGGCAGUGGAAGUAUGGGGACCAGUACCGAGACGGCGGACCUUGAUAUCAGCUCACUAUCAUAUAUUCUCGAUGCAGAUGGAAGCCUUGUCUAGAGGUGAUAUUUUUCCAAAAGUAAUUGAAGCAUAUUCACGGCCAACAAGAAUUAUUCGUGGGAAGGACAUCAAUGCUGAUUUGGAGGUAAGUGAGGCUGCAUUUGAGAAAAACGAAGAACGAGCAUUAUGGAGUGCUUACUUGGCAGUAGCAGCUAAAAUCCAUCCUGGUGUUGAUAUUGACAGUUUUGUAAUGGCAUCUUUACUGUUGCUACAACCACUUGAAGAUUUCUUUGACAAUGUUUAUGUAAUGGUGGAGGACCAAAAGAUCAGGAACAAUAGGCUUGCGCUUCUUAAGAAAAUUGCAGAUCUGCCCAAAGGGAUUGCAGACCUCUCAAUUUUACCAGGGUUUUAGAAGCCCGGGCAUCUUUCAUGUUAUGGGUGCAAGGCACAUCAAACGAGAGAUUUCCAAUCACAAUAUUUUAUUGCUGCAUAAUAGAAGCUUCCAUUGGAGGAGGGUUUCUUUUUCUUUUUCUUUUUCUUUUUUUCUUUCUCCUUCAACAGAACCUUCUAGAGAUUUUGAAAUUUUUAAGCCUCCCCUCCUGAGUGUUGUAUUCCUUUCAAUUUUAUAUAAAUUGAUUAUUCUUGAAUCAUUAAAUUAGUAAUUUAAAUGCAGCUGAUUAUCAUCUUUUA